AUGAGCCACCAGUGCUCCGAUAACAGGCAGUACUAUUCCUGUUUUAAAGGCCCUUUCCAGGGAUGUUGCUCUGUCGACCCAUGUUCUAAGGGAGUCUGUCCGGACGACAUUGCUUUGAUAGCCGCCGAUACCAUGACGUCUACAGAGGUUCAUACCGUGACACCUACAAAGUCCGUCUCUUCGAAACAGUCCACCUUUGAGACCAGCACAACUACGACUAGUCGUCUUGAGACCACCAGCACUCCCGGAACCACAACCGCUUCCACAACCAGCACAUCAGAAACCGGUACCGGUACGAGCGCUGCCGACAAUGCCAAUGCUGAUGCAGAAACCGGCCAUGGAACGCCCGUUGGGGCUAUCGUAGGAGGAGUGAUCGGUGGCAUCGCAUUUCUCAUACUCCUUGCUAUUGCCUUGUUUUUCGCCUAUUGCAGGCGCAAGAAGCAUGUAAGGCGUUUCACCUUUCUUCGCGGUCCUCUCACUGAUAUCUUUAAGGAGAUGACAUUUGAAACCGAUAAAAAACCACCACAGAGUGACUCAACAACUACAGAACAAGUCCUACACGCACCGACGAAAAAAGAGAAAGCAGAAACAAGCUCCCUCCUCACCCCAACAGACUACUCCACCAACGAAACCACGCCCAUCUCACCAACCCCCACCGCAGCCGAACUAGACGCAUUCCACCUCUACCCUCCCCAGACCCCCUACACCUUAUUCACUCACCCGAAUGCAUCAAUUCCCGAGCUGAGCGGCACGGGAGUCCACAGCCCCCGCGCCGAACUAGCAGCCCAGCCCAGCCGAGAACUCAUAAACAUCCCACAUCAUCAACGCCAGCCCUCAAAUCAGUCGAGCUCAUCGCAGGGACCGACACGCGCCGAAUUGGCGGCUCAACCUUGCAGGGAGUUGAUCAAUGUUCCACACCACCGGCGUCAGCAUCCUGCUACACUCCCGACAUCAUCCCGGGAACAGGUAGACGAGACUAUGACACGCGCAAACUCGCCUCCGGUUAUCACCGCCGAUGGCGUAGUCCUGUCUGCGAACUUUGAUACUUCUGCUUCUGGGUCGGAUGUUCUCUCCUCUCAUGGCUUGUCCAGUUCCCAUGCGAUGAGUUUUAUGGAUUAUGACACUGCAAGGAAGUCGAUGUUAUCGGCACAUCGGCCGGAGUGGGCGGAUAGUCCUGGAGAAGGGAAGACUGACAAGCCGAAAGGAGGAAAACAUAUGAAAGGGCCCGAAUGA